CACUGUUUUACUCUCUCUCUCUCUCUUAGUUAAACCCCGGAGGGCGUUCCAAAUCUGUCUACGCUGUCGUUUCUCCGAUCUGUACAUCCAAUUCUCCGGAGAGAGAAGACUCACGCGCAUCACUUCUUUUAGAGCUUCUUCCUAGACGGUGAAGCAGAAAAGGACAAGGGCAAGUGUGCGCGAUCCUGAACAUUGUAAGGAUGAAGAAUAACGAGCGUCUGGCAAAUAUACUUUUAACAGGUUUAACUUUGGCUCCACUGGUGGUAAAGAUAGAUCCAAAUCUGAAUGUCAUUUUGACAGCCUGCCUCACAGUUUAUGUUGGAUGCUACCGAUCUGUUAAACCAACUCCACCUUCGGAGACAAUGUCUAAUGAACAUGCCAUGCGAUUUCCCUUAGUUGGAAGUGCAAUGUUGUUGUCAUUGUUCUUGCUUUUUAAGUUCCUGUCUAAAGACCUGGUUAAUGCUGUCCUGACAUGUUACUUCUUUGUACUCGGCAUUGCAGCCCUUUCAGCAACAUUGUUACCUGCAAUUAAGCGUUUCUUGCCAACAAAGUGGAAUGAAGAUCCCAUAGUAUGGCGUUUUCCAUAUGUUCGCUCUUUAGAUGUAGAGUUGACGAGAUCUCAGAUUGUUGCUGCAAUUCCUGGAACCAUUUUCUGUGCAUGGUAUGCAAAGCAAAAGCAUUGGCUAGCAAACAACAUUUUGGGGCUUGCAUUCUGCAUCCAGGGAAUAGAAAUGCUUUCACUUGGCUCAUUUAAGACUGGUGCCAUUCUUUUGGCUGGACUUUUUAUAUAUGAUAUUUUCUGGGUCUUUUUUACCCCUGUGAUGGUUAGUGUUGCAAAGUCAUUUGAUGCUCCCAUAAAGCUUUUAUUCCCAACAGCAGAUUCUCAACGUCCAUUUUCAAUGCUCGGCCUUGGGGAUAUUGUAAUACCUGGAAUUUUUGUGGCAUUGGCACUCCGAUUUGAUGUCUCUAGAGGGAAGCAGAGCCAGUACUUCACAAGCUCAUUUGUCGGGUACACAGUCGGUUUGGGUCUGACCAUCUUUGUCAUGAACUGGUUCCAAGCUGCACAGCCAGCACUGUUAUACAUUGUUCCAGCUGUUAUUGGAUUUUUGGCUGUUCAUUGCCUUUGGAACGGGGAUGUUAAACCUUUGCUGGAGUUUGAUGAGUCGAAAAAAGUUGAUGAAGAAGGCGAAGAAGCUAUAGAAAACAAGAAAACAGAGUAAAAUUAGGAGAUACAGUAAAAGACCUUCUGACUCAAUUACAAAGGGGAGUCGCUGAGGAUAUUUUGUUUGCUGAGGCCCAGAUUGUUGUAUUAGAUUUUUUGUUUUAAACCAGUAAAUAUUUUCUGGCCUCUAAUCAUCCGUCUUAACUAAGAUUUUUCAAGCAUCAUUUUAAUUAUUGUUUAGCAGUAAUGGCCCCUUUUUGGAUAA